AUGCUGUCAUCAUCUUCGAAACGCAGGAAAGCGAUGGCGAUGUCAAUCGCUCUGACCUGUCUUUUCAUGUUGCUUGUAUGCCAGCGUGCCCAAGUCUUUUCAAGAAACGAUGAGUUCACUAGCGACCUCUACGUUCCGCAGCAGCAGGAUGGUCCCCUCGAGAUAGAGCUCGUAGUAGCCAGUACCAAAGACGAAGACACCGCCUGGCUCCAGAGACACGUGCCCGAAUGGCGCAAGAGCAUCUACAUCGUCGACGACACCAAGGCUUCACCGACCGUCCCGAAGAACAAGGGGCGCGAGGCAAUGGUGUAUAUCACGUACAUCAUCGACCACUACGACCGCCUCCCCAGCGCCAUAAUAUUCCUCCACGCGUCGCGCUUCGCGUGGCACAACGACGAUCCCGACUACGACGGGCUGCGGACCCUGCGGAACUUCCAGGUCCCGUAUCUUCAGGAGACGGGCUACGUGAACUUGCGCUGCGUCUGGACCAUCGGCUGUCCGGCCGAGAUCCACCCUGUUGAGGACGAGGCCAGCGCGGACCCCGACGACCUGACGACAAAGGUUGUCUAUAAGCAGGAUUUUCAGGAGCUCAUGCCGGAGUUGCCGAUGCCCGAGGUUGUGGCCGUCAGUUGCUGCUCGCAGUUCGGCGUGACGAGGGACGUCGUGCGAAGCCGGUCGAAGGAGGAUUAUAUGCGGUACCGGCAGUGGCUGCUAGACACACCAUUGAACGACUCUCUGACAGGGAGGAUCUUCGAGUUUUCUUGGCAUAGUAAGUAG